AUGAGGAGCUCAGCUGCGAUUACGGGGAAGAGACUUCUUCAUCGGCAUACUCGGGUGAUUACAGGUUCGGCUCCUGCUCUCUGCGGUUUUUGUUGCUCGGCACGACCUUUUUCUGGUCAUAGUUAUGAUUACAGAGAGAGAUUGAGCAAAACUCGGCUGAGUGAUUUAAAGUUAGACGAUGCUGUUGGUUUGUUCAGUGUUAUGGUACAGUCUCGUCCACGCCCUUCAAUCACUGAGUUCUGUAAACUGUUGAGUGCUAUUGCUAAGAUGAAGAGGUUUGAUGUUGCCAUCUCUCUUGGUGAGCAGAUGCAGAAUUUGGGAAUUUCACAUAAUCUCUAUAGUUACAGCAUUUUGAUUAACUGUUUUUGCCGGCGGUCUCAGCUCUCUCUUGCUUUAGCUGUUCUUGGCAAGAUGAUGAAACUCGGCUAUAAGCUCGAUGUUGUCACGCUGAACUCGCUGCUCAAUGGUUUCUGUCACAGUAAGAGGAUUGCAGAUGCUGUUGCUUUGGUGGAUCAGAUGGUGGUAAUGGGAUAUCAACCUAAUACCGUUACAUUUACAACUCUUAUCCAUGGACUUUUUCUCCACAACGAAUCUUCCGAAGCUGUGGCUUUAGUUGAGCGGAUGGCUUUGAAAGGAUGUCAACCGGACCUAGUGACAUACGGUGUGGUAGUCAAUGGACUAUGUAAGAGAGGUGACAUUGAUUUGGCUUUAAAUUUGCUCAAGAAGAUGGAGAAAAGAAAUAUUGAGGUCAAUGUUGUAAUCUACAGCACAGUCAUUGAUAGUCUUUGCAAAUAUAAACAUUUGGAUGAUGCUCUCACCCUGUUCAACGAAAUGGAGAAGAAAGGAAUUAGAGCCAAUGUUGUUACCUACAACUCCCUCAUAAGCUGCCUUUGUAAUUACAGUAGAUGGAGUGAUGCCUCUAGAUUACUCAGUUAUAUGAUCAUGAGGAAAAUCAACCCUGAUUUGGUCACUUUCAAUGCAUUGAUCGAUGCAUUUGUGAAGGAGGGGAAGCUUCUAGAGGCUGAGAAAUUGUUCGAGGAGAUGAUCAAAAGGUCUAUAGAUCCUAGUAUUGUCACGUUCAAUUCAUUGAUCAACGAGUUUUGCAUGCACGAUCGUCUUAACGAGGCCAAGCAUAUGUUUUCUUUGAUGGUUAGCAAGGAUUGCCUCCCAAACGUAGUGACAUACAGCACUCUUAUAAAGGGAUUUUGCAAGUGCAAAAGGGUAAAGGAUGGUAUGCAACUCUUCCACGAGAUGUCUCAAAGGGGAUUGGUUGCCAACACAGUCACUUACACCACUCUUAUCCAAGGUUGUUUUCAGGCUGGCGACUGUGAUUCUGCCCAAAUGGUAUUCAAACAGAUGGAAUCUGAUGGUGUCCCUCCCCAUAUCAUGACUUACAGCAUUUUGUUAGAUGGACUUUGUAAAAACGGGAAGCUAGAGAAAGCAUUGGUGGUAUUCAAGUAUAUGCAGAAGAGUGAACUGGAACUUGAUAUAUUCACAUAUACUAUAAUGAUCGAAGGGAUGUGCAAGGCAGGGAAGGUGGAAGAUGCGUGGCGUUUAUUUUGUACUCUCUCCCUUAAAGGAGUGAAGCCUGAUGUUAUAACCUACAAUACAAUGAUCUCAGGAUUUUGUAGUAAACGCCUAUUACAGGAAGCAGAUGCCUUGUUUAGAGAUAUGAAAGUAGAUGGGCUUCUUCCAGAUAGCGGUACAUAUAAUACGCUGAUCAGGGCACGCCUUAGAGAUGGUGACAAAGCAGCAUCAGCAGAACUCAUCAAAGAAAUGAGGAGUUACGGGUUUGUUGGAGAUGCUUCGACCAUUAGCUUGGUGACCAAUAUGUUGCAUGAAGGGAGAUUGGACAAAAAGUUUAUAGAUAUGCUUCCUUAA